AUAAACACAAAUGGUUAUGUGUAAUGUUUAUUAAAAACACAUAUGUAUGUAUUUCAGUUCGAUUAGCUCCAAAACCAAGAAAGAGGAGACUGGCUUGGGCUGAGGAUGGCGAAGUGGCCAUUCUUGAUUUGUGGGAAGAGCGCGUUGCUGAUCUCCGCGGUGCACGGAAGAAUGGCCACAUCUACGCGGAGAUGGCGAACGAGCUGGCAAAGUUGGGCCACAACUACAGCGCCCGGGAUGUGCAGGUGAAGUUGGCGAACUUCACGCAACGCUACAGAAAAGAGAAAUUGGCUAUGGGACCUUCUGGUGGAUCACCCUCAACGUGGCCUUUAUACGCAAGGGUGCACCAGAUAAUCGGUGGAUUUAAGGCCAAUAUGUUUUGCGAGCUGACGCUUGAAAACAUCAGCGGUAUGUAUGCGUUUUUGGAAUGUGCCUUACUAAAAGCCGUAAUGUGUUUAGUGGAGAUAUUUGUUUUGUAGCAGAGUGACGCGUCUGUGUACAUGCUAGAACUAUCAGCUCGUUUAGUUGCAGGUUUAAGUGCGAAGGUACACUUCGAUUUUGCACGAGCACAGACAUACGGUGGUGCUUCAAAACAAAUGUUCCACUAAAACUUAAGUAGAUACAAAUAACUAAACCGUACCCAGGGUUGGCACCUCAUGGAUCCGAUUGCGUAGUAAAAUACCAGAAAAAUCGUAGUAAAAAAUAGAAAAUCGUAGUAAAAGAUAAAACUUGGUUAUUAUUUUA